AUGUGUGAUCAAUGCAACCUUCGAACCCUCGAGGUAGAGAGACUUCAACAUUUCAUGGAAAACGGCAGGAAACAAACUGCUCUACCUUUGCCCUGCAGACGUAAGUUCCAGGUGUGCUUUCAUGGACAGGUGGACUCCUUUUGGGCCAUGGCAGAAGUGGUGCGGGAGUGUCUAGAACUGACCGGGGCAGGAGAACCGCUGAAGGUUUCCAAGAGACCCCUGCCCCCGCCGGCGCCCCGGGGUAUCAUUUUGAAGACGUCUCGUGCAGGAAUCUGUCACUCAGAUGUACAUUUCUGGGAGGACCUGUGGAGAUUAAGGGACAUUCCGGAUUUGCGAUUAUCCGGAAUCACCAUGGGUCACGAGAUUGUUGGUGCAGUGUAUUCAAAGGGAGCUCAAGUUGAAGAUUUGAACAUUGGCGACAGGGUGGUUGUCUACCCUUGGACAGGCUGCAUGGAGUGUGACGCUUGUCGCGCGGGGUAUAAUAACCUCUGUCCUAAUAACCGCCAUGGAACAUCGGAUUUCGGCCAGGGUGGUGUCAGCGGCUGUGCUAACCAAGGAGGGUAUUCAACGUAUGUUUGGGUGCCGGACGCCCGCUACACCGUCCUCGUGCCAUCGACGUUGGACCUAUCUGUCGCAGCGACGUUACCGUGUGCGGCGUUGACGUCAUUUAACGCUCUCGGCAAGAUUAAAGCGAAAAUGGAAGAGCUGUCAAAGAUCUAUGACUCUCCGUGGUUAGUCGUGGUCGGCUGUGGAGGGCUUGGCAUGUGGUGUCUAAACCUAGCCCGAUACUGUCUGCCAAAGACCACGAACAUCCUCGCUGUGGACAUUUCGCCUGCUAAUCUGUCUGUCGUUAAGGACUGUGAAACUCUUCUGUUACCUGACCAAGAUGAAGAAAUCGUGCAGCAGUUGAGAACAAAGACGCAUGGCGGCGCGUGCACAAUCAUUGACUUCGUUGGAUCAAGUCAGACAGUGGGAGCUGCCUUAAACUCACUGAGAAAGGGCGGCCAGUAUCAUGUUAUCGGUUUGUAUGGAGGAUCACUGAUCACUCAACCAGAGAAGCUGAUUUCAAACACCACCGCCAUUACCGGAAGUCGUACCGGAAGUCUCCACAGUCUUCGUGACCUUGUGAAGCUGGUGGACGAUAACAAGAUCAACGGACCCCCAGUGGAACACGUGACUUUGACGGAAGUAAAUCGCGUGCUGGUGGACCUAAGGGAAGGCCGGGUAAGAGGAAGAGCCGUAGUGAAAUUUGACUAGGUCCGUCCAUGAUUUGAGCGGACAUCACUAUCGCUUUUGCGCGAUAAGAAAUCCACAACGAUCAGAUUUAUCUCUCCUUUGCUGCAUCUGACUGUCACAAAAACCCAUUAUUGUGAGGUUCUCGCCAAAAAAUGUUCAAGUCUUGAUUAACUUUGUCUGUCUCGUGUUAGGUGGCGUUCACCUGACAGUCUAAUAUCGUAACAGUAAAACGCGUGAAGGGCGUUAACGAUAGGCCCAUUGGGCUCUUCAAAACGACUUGGCAUUGACAAAAGUUAGAUUGGCUGACUGUAUUCGCUGCGUGUUUUAUAUAUAUAUAUAUAUAUACACUUGGAAACAGGAACUCGUUUGAGCGCAUGUCUUCCCGCAGACAGCCAAUAAGAGUUCAGUUACAUUAUGUGUAUGUUGGAUUCCGAACAUUUUCGCUGAGACUGUGAAUGGGACUUCAGGUAACGCGAGAAAGUACCAGAUAACAACACCGCUAUAGUCAGAUUUAUCUCCCCUGGCUUAAAACUCGCUCCAUCUCAACGCACCAUUAUCGGUUUCCCAUCCCAAA